AUGGGGACUGCCAGAGCGCAGCGCCUCCUGAGCGCCCCGCUCAUGGUGCUCGGACUCGGGGUGCUUCUGGCCCCGGUCGGCGGCCAACCCCAUCAAUCCGGCUGGCGCUUCGCCUCCUCCGAGGUGGUGAUUCCCUUGCAGCUGGGAGGCUUCGACCACAGGGAUCACCCUGGGCAGCUGUCCUACAUGCUCCACUUCGGGGGCAGGAGACAUGUGGUCCACCUACAACUUAAGAAGCUCCUGCUGCCCAGGCACUUGCCUGUCUUUACUUAUACUGACCAAGGGUCGGUCCAGAUGGACUACGCCUUCAUCCCUAAAGACUGUUACUACCGAGGCUAUAUAGAGGGGGCCCUGGGUUCCCUGGCUGCCCUCAGCACCUGUCAUGGGGGUCUCCAGGGGAUGCUGCAGGUGAACUCUCUUUACUAUGAAAUCGAGCCUCUGCCGGCCUCUCCCAUUUUUCAGCACUUGGUUUAUCCAGUGGAGAAUAAAAAGAAAGGUCCUGGCUGGAAGUGCGGCUUAAAUGACGAAGAAAUAGAUCGUCAGGUCUUGGAGAAAAAGGGAUUGAGACAGUCAGUGCCUAGGGCAAGUCCCAAGGACAGCUGGUGGCCAAGAACCAGGUUUGUGGAGUUGAUGGUGGUAGUGGAUAAUUUUUGGUAUAAAUAUGCUUGGGAAAAUGAAACUGAGGUGAUAUACCAAGUGUUAGAAGUAGUCAAUAUAAUAGAUUCCCUGUAUUAUCCGAUGGAUGCCUACAUAAAUUUGAGUGGAGUAGAGAUCUGGACGAAUAGCAACCCAAUGGAUUUUAGUAAUGGCAUAAAGGUAACGUUGGAUGUAUUUUCCCAUUGGAAACAAGCAAUUCAUGAGCGUUUGCCACACGAUGUUGCCCACCUCUUUGUUCGCUAUAACUUUGGUAUAGACAAGGGUUUAGCUUAUGUUGGUACGAUAUGCCACAGCCUCAAAUCAGCUGGCGUCAAUGCAUAUGUUGAGGAUAACUUGUUGGAAUUCUCUGUCACUGUUGCCCAUGGACUUGGUCAUAACCUUGGCAUGAUUCAUGACCGUGACUUCUGUAUCUGUGCACAAAAGCAAUGCAUCAUGUAUGCCGAUUUCGGCUUAACUGAUGUCUUUAGCAACUGUAGUUAUGCCAGUUAUUUUGAUCAAUUUAGUGAACAGUUUAUAGAUUGUUUAGCAAAUCCACUGGAGACUUACAAAAUUGCCCCUUCAAAGCUAUGUGGUAAUCAGGUGGUCGAAGAGGGAGAAGAAUGUGACUGUGGAUCAGUAAAAGAAUGUAGCAAGGAUUCUUGUUGUAAACCAGGUUGUACCCUGAGGCCCCAUGCUGACUGUGCUUCUGGACUGUGCUGUGUAAAUUGUAAGAUUGCACCAGCUGGAACACUUUGCAGACCCGCUAGGACCCCAUGUGACCUUCCAGAGUACUGCAACGGAACUUCGGUGCUGUGCCAGAAAGAUUUUUACAUGCAGGAUGGAACUCCAUGUACUAAAGAUGCUGUUUGCUAUCAGAAUAUUUGCAGUGACCGAAUUCAACAGUGUAAAGCUAUCUUUGGUGAAACAGCCUAUGAGGCUCCCCUGAUCUGCUACAAAGAAGCAAACGUGAAAGGUGAUCAAUUUGGGAACUGUUCUUUAGAUGGUCAUACAUACAGGAAGUGUGACACAGCCCAUGUUUUGUGUGGAAGGCUGCAAUGUACUAAUGUCAAACAGAUUCCCCGUUUAGAGGAAUUCACUACUGUACUCCAAGUUUACGUGAAUGGAGUUACGUGCAUUGGAAUGGACUCUCUCAUAGGGAAGGAUACUGGAAAUGUAAAUAAUGGUGCAGUGUGUGGCCAUGGAAAGAUCUGCCUGAAUAAGAAGUGUGUUGAUUAUUCUGCACUGAAUUAUGACUGUACAGCCAAAAAGUGCAAUUCUAAUGGUGUAUGCAACAACAAGAAAAAUUGUCAUUGCCUAAGUGGGUGGGAUCCCCCAUUCUGUCUUAAAAGAGGAUUUGGUGGAAGCAUUGAUAGUGGCCCUCCUCCAAAAUGGAAAGCAAAUUAUGCUUUAAUUGUUUGCUCUCUAGCUUCUCUGUGUCUUGGAUUUUAUGGGACACUAAUAGUGCUUGUCUGGUUAGCAAAGUCAGCAUUUGUCAUCUAG